UCAUUACCAAGAUAUGUCGCAUACGGAGAUGCAUACGUCAAUAAUCAAUCUUUUGGUGUUCCCCAUCCUGAAGCAUUGAAAGGCUUUACGCAUUAUAACAUUGCUUUUUGGGUGAGUACGAGUGGUGGUGUUGACAACGUACAAGCAUGGAUGCAAGCAAGUGAAACAGUAAGAAAAGCAAUCGUCAAUGCAUACAAUAAUGCUGGCAUCCGACUAGGAAUGUCUGUAUUUGGUGAAACGGAUUCACCUUUAGCAAACGGUGAUAAUCCCUAUCAUCUUGCUGAUCAGAUUGCAGAUUUCGUUGAGCAAUAUAACCUUCAAGGCGUUGAUGUUGAUUUCGAAGAAUAUGACGCAUUUGAAAAUAGGAUUGCAACAAAGUGGGUCAUCCCACUCACCCGAAGAUUGCGUGCAAGGUUGCCACAGAAUCAGUAUUACCUCUCUCACGCUCCAGUCGCUCCUUUAUUUAAUACGGAUUUGUAUCCGUUAGGCUAUACUUGGAUCGAACAAGAUAUUGGCAACUUGAUCGAUUUCUAUAACAUUCAGUUCUACAAUCAAGAUGAUUAUAGUACCUGUCAUACGCUUUUGCUCAGAUCAGGAACAGAAUGGCCAAAUACUUCAUUAAUUCAACUUAAUCAAGUAUACAAUAUACCUUUUGAAAAAAUGAUUGUCGGAAAACCUGCAACUGCACAAGAUGCGGAUAAUGGAUACAUUGAUCCACACAAAUUGGCCGUUUGUAUUGCAAAUUUCGCUGUUCCAGCAGGUUGGAGAUCAGGUUGUAUGUGGUGGGAAUUUGCCGGUGACAUUCAAACGAAUUUAGUGCCCGUCUUAGAGCUUGCUGGAUUAUAG